AUGGUUGUUGGUUUUGUUUUCUCUACUGCUUACGUAAAUAAUACACGUUCGAGAGAAUUAUCUGAUGAUGAAGAAGAAGAGGGAGUAGGAGUAGGAGUAGGAGUAGCAGGAGGAGGUGCAGGGGGAGGAGGAAGACUUGGUGACGACAUUCCUAGUCUUUGGAAAGGAGAAGAAGAAGAAGAAGACGUGACGGAUGAUAAUACGUUUUCCGUCAAACUCGAACCGAGGGAAAUGAUUGCGGAAAAUCAAAUGGAGUCGAGUCGGGCCGUAACGGAAAAAGUGUAUCCGAAGCAAAAAUGUAGUAGAAGUGAUUUUCUCGCGACAAAAUUGGACGCCGAGAAAAACAGGACGACAUGUUUGGAUUUCGUUGAAAUCGGAUCGUAUUUGGAAGUCGUUGGGAAAAUAUGGCCGGUUUCCGACGAUUAUAAAAUUGUUUUCAUCAGCUCGGAUUCGUCUGCGAAAGAAAACAGAUCCAUAUCGACGACGGAUUCGGAUACGGGUUCGGCGGAAUCCGGUACGGAUUCAUCUAAAAAACUCGCAUCCGAUUGCGAUUGGGAUUAUUUCGAAUCAUCUUCCGUCGUUCGACCCAUAAUAAAAGAUUGGAGUUGGCAGGGUUCGCCGAGGAGUUUGAGCGGUACGCUUUUGGAAAGGGGAAGUCCCGUUUUUUCAACGAGCGACGAUAACAGUCCUAAAUUCCCAAGACGUGGUCAGAGUAAAUUGUCAUCCGUGAGAGAUUCUCCCAUUUCGUACGACACAGACGUGAGCGGGUUUUCUCCCAAUUUGAAUAGGAGGAAAAUUUUAGAUGAUGGAGUCGACGAUGGAGUCGUCAAGUACAAAUCGGGAGAGUCCGAUGUCAAAAAUGACGAUUCGACCGAGAAUUAUCAAAGCGAAGAAAAAGAAAUCGAAGUGACCGAUUUGAAAGUAUUUCCACCCGUGAAAAAUAAAGAAUUGUUUGGUGUCAAGGAAAAGGAAAAUCAAACGGGAGAGAGUGCAAAUGGGGAAAAUCCCGUUUCGGGUACGACGGAAGAAGUGAAAAAGAGUAAGAAAAAGAGGAAAAACAAAAAGUUGAAGAAAAACGUUACGAAGGAUGAUGAAGAAAUGGGAGAAUCUUUGGGUCGAACAACAACAACAACAACAACCGAUGGAAAAAAAACAAAUGAAAACGUCAUUAUUGAAAAAGAUAAAAAUUCAGUACUACCGGAAGAUCAAAUUUCACCCGGGUCAUUGGAGCGUGGUGGUAUAUCGGGGUCGAGCGAAGAGAAAGAGGAGGUGGAGGAGGAAGAGAAGGAGGCAGUAGUAGCAGCAGACGCAAACAACGUGUCACCAGAUGGCGUCAGUUCGGUUAACGUAAUUUCCACGGUGGAUUCAGUUGAAAAAACGGUAUCGAAUUCGCCGGGUGUUGUUAAUCGUAAACCCGAGGAUUUCAACGGACGGGAAGAGCCCAACAACAAACAAAACAAAAGUCACAACAAGCAGAACAAGAGUAAAAAAUUCGUCGACGUUGUCAAGCGCGGUAAAUUAGAUAAUUUAAAAGAAAACGUUAAGGAUUUAAUUAAAAAUGAAUUAGUGUCGGGAGAAGAAAGUGAUGAUGAUAAGGUUAAAAGUGAUGAUAUCAUUCCGGAGAGCAAAUACACUUUUCCAACGGGUAGUUUCGGUUUCCAGCCGCAAAAUCUCAUUUCACCUUCACCUCAGUCGCAAUUCGGUUCGGGCGUUUUCCCAUACGACUGCCCCCUAUCGAGCGUUUUUCAAAAUUCCGCCUCCGUUCAAAAUUUCGUACCGAUUCCCGUUCCGGUACUCAUACCCGUUCCAUUUCCCGUUCCGGCAACCAUUUGGUCUCAGAAUUAUCAAAAUUUGUUCUUUUCCAAUUUCAAUUUAAAUUCCGACAACAUUGAUUUUUUAAACAAUUUACAAAAUAUCUGUUCUGGAACCGUGUUGAACGACAAUUUCGGGAGUCAAACGAAAAAUGGUAACAAAGAAAUAUCCGGUUUCAAAGCGGACGGGAUAUGUUCCAACGGAACCGGAAACAAUUCCAUUCACAUGAGACCUAUCAACAUGCAACGUCCUGCUCUCACAGCGGGUUCCCUACGUCACGAUUUGAGUCAAGGCUCGGUGAAUUUAGACGAAUCGAAUCUCAAAUGGUUCACUGCUAGUAAGCAACAACAACAACAACAACAACAACAACGACAAAUUCAAGAUGAUAAGGAAACUUUAAAAGCGAUAAAAGAAGAUUAUUAUUAUUCAGUCGAAGAAAACAAGGAGAGUCGCGAGGAUGAAAAAAAAUUAAUUGUUAACGACGGCGACAAAACCGAAAAAAAUUCAACGGCAUUAAAUAAAUUGAAAAAUCAGGAAGAGGAGGUGAAGGAGGAGGAGGAGGAGGAGGAGAGAAAAAUGGCGUUGUUGAACGAAAACAGUUGUUUGAAACAAGAUUCGUCAACUGAAUGCGAUUCUUCCAAAUCGGCUGUAUCGAGCAGGGGAACAAUUUCGAAUGGUGAAGAUGGAAAAAAGGACGGGGAAGAGGAGGGAAAACCACCACCCGAUUUGUUUUUACCUGUGAGCACCAACGACACCUGCGAAAAUGUCUUAUCGACGACAUCAAAGGAUAUCGCGGACGAGAUGAUAACUAAACCGCCGAUAGAUUACAAAAAUAUUAUUAUCGUCGGAGAAACGACAAAUUGCGAAUCGAUUGAAAAUUUCCUAUUGAACAUCGACAAACAAUCCGUGUGCAGUUCGUCGUCGUCGUCGUCGAAUUCGUCGGAUGAUGAUGACAAUGUUGCGACGCCGCGAAAACCCUUUCGCAAAACGUAUUAUUUCAAUAUGGACGAAACGGUGAGGAAAACAAGCGACGACAGCGACAUUGCGGAUUUGAGCCACUCGGGAGAGGAAGACGACGACGGAGAAGAAACGAAAACGGAAAAUUCAUCACGUGGAAAUUCUACGGGAUCCGAAGAUGAGGGUAAUCCCGAUUCGAGAUUUUCAGAAAUUUACGUCGUUAAUCCGUCUAAAUCCGAAAACGAUCUCAGGACUUUAUCCGAGGAUUUGAAUGGGAAUGAACGGCGGAUUGAUGGUCACGACGUUCCGCCGCGAACUAGAAAUCUAAGAAAAAAACUCAAGAACGUUUUACCGAACGUGAAAAAAGUUUCGGUUUUAAGUGACGACACGGAUUCCGAUGGCGAUGAUAAUUCCGAUGACGUACCGAACGUCGUUUUGUUAAAACACUCUAAAAAAAUUACGGACGACGAAAUUGUUGACGACGUUUCGUCAAAUCGAUGUCAAAGCGGGAAAAAAACGGAUUCCGAACGUUCGACGUUCGACGUUCAAGACUUAAUUCAAGGAGAAAAUACUUUUCCGUACCAACAUGUGCAUAACGUGGAAAAAUCAGGCGAAGGAAAAGUUAAAAACGUCGAGGACGGCGGAGACCCCGUUAUUUUAGUUACAAACCUGUCCGAUGCGGAGUCGGAGCGCUUCGGCGGUUUCACUCAGUGUGAAAUCGUACCUGUAAGCGUGCCUGACGUGCUCGACGAUCGUAAUACAUCAGAGCCAGUUUUUAGUGAAAUUAAAUCCGUUUCAUUUGAGUCCGUCGUGAAAAAAAACGUUUCGAGUUCGUCAGCCUUGGAAAAAUCGAACGGUUUUCACUUGACGGAAAGUGGAAAAAGUGGAAACGAUGAAAACGACGAACGUUUAAGAAAAAAUGAACGUGAUGAUGAUGAUAAUGAUGACGAUGGUGGUGGUGGUGACGUCAAUCACAAAGCGGAUAAAAGUAGUGAUGUUAUAAUAAAUGGUGUUUUACUAGAAAAAUCCAUAGGACCGUCGCGUUUGAACGACGACCCGAAUAAAAGUGAAAAAAAAUGCAAUAAAAAUAAUGAUGAUGAUGAUGAUGAUGAUGUGAAUUCGAUUCGAUGUGAUGAAAUCGUUGAAACCGUCGAUGUGAUAUCAGUUAAUAAAAAUGGCUUCUCAUUUUCGGAUACAAUCGAAAACAGGAUACGAAAAAUUUCGCAAUCGGAUAACAACAAUAUCGGGGAUCGAAUUCAGGGUAACGAAAAUAAUAAAUACACAAGUUUGGUUAUGAUAACGCAAGAUAAAAUUAAUGAUGAAAACAAGAAAACAAAAUUAUUGAACGACGUAUCGAACGGUAAUAAUAAUAAUAAUAAUACGGAUUCUGUGAAAGUGAUAACGAAUCAAACGACAAAAGUUUUGAACGGUGAUAAUUCGAACGAAUUCGAAAACGAAAUUUUUUUAAAACACACGAAUCGAAAAUACGACGAACGCGUCGACGACGACGACGACUCACAACUUAACGUUCACAACAAAUUGAAAGGUUUGGAAGAUUAUUUUACGAUGACGUUGGAAAAUUCCCGCGGAUUGAGCGUGACACCGAAAAAACCAAACGUCAUCAAAAACAUGACUCCGCUCAAGGAAGAAGACGAGGGGGGAGACAACGAUUUGAAAGAAGAGGUUCGAGUCGUGACGGAUGACAAGACGCUGUCGGCCGUCAUUUGUCUCGAAGAAGGUUUAGCGGAUGACGAUUCGUGGGUCGAAGAAUUAGACAAAGAUAGAGAUAAUGAUUUCGUUAACGCCAUAACGGAAGAAGAUAGUUCUUCGGGUGACGAAAGCACGCACAUCGGUAAUUGCAUACCGAUACACGGCGACAGGGAAGAAGAUUUAAGGGGUUAUCACAGGAGUGCGAUCAAUUUCACUCUGCACACGAUAGUCGAAGAAAGUUGCGAAGAUAGCGAAGUGGAGGAUAAAACGAAAUCGGCGGCCGAGGAGAAAAAUAAUCAAAGGCCGACAUCGGUGACGGAUUUGGAAAAAUAUUUUUAUUUCGAUAUAGGCGGAGGCGCGACGCCAAAUUUAGAAAAUCAAGAUGCCGAUACGUUUUCGGAGAGUUCGAGCAGCAUUUAUUCGGACAGCGGAGUCAUGGAUGAUGCGAGCGGAGAACCCAUGAGAGAAAAUUCGGAUCAAAAUCAACUUUCGACGUCUAGAUUAGAAAAAUAUUUUUUGAAUUUCGACAGAGACGGCAGGGAAAAGGAGAGCGACGGAAGCGUCGGAAGCGACAGCGAGGGUCCUCCGAGCCCCGAACAACGUAGGAAAAGAUUGUUUCGAGCGAGAGCGAGCAAUCGUUUACAUUCUAGUUCAUUAGAUAAUUUAGUUCAAAGUGAAAACGAACAGCAAUCCGUCGACAUGAUGCUGGAUUCCGAAGAUUCGAGCACGGAAACGGAAACGAUUGAUUUGCAAAGCGUCGACAAAUCCGACGAUUCCGUCAAGAGGAAAAAGAAACGGAAAAUAUCCGGUGGCAACUUGCCGCUUUCCAUUCAAGAUGGCGGCGGCGAUAAGAAAGGAGACGGUGACGUUGUUGUCGUCGUUAAAGAAAGUCGCGAAUCCCUAUCCAAGGAACACCGGCACAAAGAAGCGAAAGAAGACGGAAAGGGAAGUCACGAGGUCAAAGACAACAAUGGGAAAAAUGGAAAUUUCGAUGAUGAGGGAAGCGACGACGAUGACGAAAGAUCGAAAACUCCGCAACCGGAUUUCUUGCUCGAUUCGAGCAUGAACAGAGACAAGCAACAGAGCAGAGACAGCGGAUUCAUCGGAAGCUGUGACGAUUUGUUAAAAGAUCAAAAAACGGGAGACAGCAGCGGGAGCGACACGAAAAAGAAAAGCUCGGAAAAAAUGGAUGAUAAGAUUUUAAGUGACGUCAAAGAAAUUCAAAAUCCUUCUUCCCCGCCCGUGAAUCAUUUGCAAUCGUCAAACGUCAUAGGUUCGACUCCGCCCGCGACGAACCUGACUCGUAAGGAUUCGUUUAACAAUUGGUCGUCGGACGAGGAAACGAAUUUAAUGAUGUCGAAAAUGCGUCAGUUUUUCAAAGCCAUGGUUUCCGUUCCUAAAACUUCUAAUAAUAAUAAUAAUAGUAAUAAUAGUAAUAAUAGUAAUAAUAAAAUGCCGGAAAAUUCAAAUCCUCCGAGUCCUCAGAUAAAACCGAAAGGUGUCAAACCCCCGCAAUUAGUGUAUUUCGAAAGUGAAUUGACGCGCUUGAUGAAAACCGUGCCCGGAAUUCGAGAUGAUCAAGUGAGAGAAAUAGUCGAGUAUUUGUCGAGCGAAGACACGUGGAGCGAUUCGUACGAUUCGUCAGAUUACACGAGUUCGGAUUUGGAGGGAACCGCAGCCUACUAUCAUCAAAGAUCUCAAUUGCAACAGGAAAUAUCGGAAAGUUGCAAACAGAUAAUCGACAAAUUCGAUCAGUCGAAGAAUGACAAUCAAGAGCAGAGGCCCAAAGCACCGCCGAGAAGGAAUUCAUCGCCCAUGAAUCGGGAAACGGCUUUAGUUUACCAAAAAUUAGUUGCUUCCUUCAACAAGUUCACAAACGAAAAUGAAAAUCCGUUCUCGACGGCUCCUCACAGUUCUCCUCCUCUCUUUGCCAAAGUCAUGCAUCACAUCGGGAGUCGUUUGGUCGCUUUGAUGCACGAAGUAUCGAGUAAUAGCAGCGGCGAGGGAAGCAUAAGCAGCAGUCACAAAUCGAGGUACCACAAACGACUGAGUCAAAAACUAUCGAACGUAUCGUCGACGACGGAAGAAGAAUGCGGUUUGACGGACGAGUCGGAUUACAAGGGGGAAGAAGUCACGUCCAAGUUUCUCGGUCAAAAUUUACCCUACUUUCAAAUGUUGCAUCAAUUGCCGCGGAGUAAAUCUCACGAUCUCCUUUUGGAAGAAGGCAAAGUGAAAAGUUUAAGGUCCUCGAGUUCGGGCGUGAGUGAUAUAGCCGAGGAAAAGGAAGCGAGCGAUUACGAAAGGUUUUCGUGGAGAGGAAGUUUCGAGAGCGCUUUGAUGGCUGACUCGAGAUCAAAACUGACUCUACUGUCGAACGACGGUCACUCGUCGAACACGAACCUCGCCGCGAAAAGAAGAUCCGCGGGAGAUUUGUUAUUCAUAAAAAGUCUAAGUCGUGAACAGUUGGAUAGAGUGAGGAGUUGCGGGAGCAUCGGCGGAGCGACGACGAUGGAAGACAAAAACAUUUGGACGACGGGACGUGAUAAUAAAAACGGUCGGAGAAGGAGUUCAGUGCCGGAUGCUGCGGGUGCUUCCGGUGGAUCUGGAGCCUCGGCGGACGGCGACGAAGAUUCAUCCGAUUCGGAAUUGAUGCACGAGCGUUCCAUAACUCUCCCGCGUAACCUUCAAUCUAUAGCCUCAUCCCAAAACACGAAUUCCCUCCCGCGAUUGCCCACGACGACGAACAACAGUGUCAACGGUCAAAAUUUAUCCAAAGCUCAAUCCGUGCAACAUUUUUUGCCGAACGCGAAAAGCGCGAGAUACCGUCCCCCGGGAUUCAGUAGGAUAAUUGCAAAUUCACCCAAGAGAGCCGUUUCCGCUCCCGGACUUCAGGCAUUGCAACAACCCACGUCUCACGCGAGGAGAGAAAGAAGGCGGAAUCAACAUUUCAUUACCGGAAACACGUCACACUCUGGCGGUGAGUUAUUUAUUUUAAUCCCGUAUCGCGAAUUUUUUGGAGAAAAAAAAUGGGAGCGAACUGGAAUGUCUCGAACGCGAGAAAGAAAACGAGAAAAUUUCCAGAAACUUUUAUUUUUCCCGAAAGAAAAUUGUUUUUGUUCUUUACAUUUAUUUUAUUACUCCCCUUUAAAAACUUGA